GUCCCGCCUACCCGGAGGAGGAGGAUCGUAGUGCUGCCUGAUCUGAGCCCUCACUCCUCACCACAGUGUGGAGCACCCAGCCGCACACUCACGCAUACACACACACACACACACACAUACACACACACAUACACUCGCUCUCACACACAGGCACAAUUACUUCCACUCACGCAUUCACACUCGCACAGGCAAGUGGAAAGACAAGGAGGCAGCAGGAAAAGAAGGCAUCAGCCAAACGCUGGAGAGAAAGAGCUCUGUGUGGUGUGUGGACUUGUGUCUGGGUUCAGGAUAGUACUGGAUUUCCCUUUUAGAGGAGUUUGUGCUGCUUCUCCUGGUGCUCAAAACCGGACUCCUUGUUCCCAGGGACGGUUUCGGUCUCACUGACUGUGAUCAGAUUCAGCUCUCUCAGCGCAGCUACAUCAUCAAUCUGCAUCGCUUCUUUGUGUAUCAGCCAGAGCAGGACACACCGGAGCAGACUGUCUUGGAAUAUCUGACAGCCUUGGGAGAGAUCUGACAUUGUGCAGACGCAAGAGAACCGAAAACUACAGAAACGGAGAUUAAGUCGAGGCAUGAGCAGGAGACAAGGAGCUUGCUUUCCAUAAGAAGUGAUAUCUGCCACCCCCCUCUUCCUUCUUCUUCCAUUACCUCUUUCCCUUCUCUUCAUUUCCACUGCUCCUUUUCUUUCUGCACAGACCUCUCCUUCCCUGCCUUUCUGUUCUCCCUUCAUCUUCUUGUCCGAUCUCCCGUAGGAAGAGCAGGAGGAGAGUGCGGCUCGCACACUGAGAGCGCAACUCCCACACAGUGACAGACAUAAGGACAGCCGGAGGUCCCGUGGCACUCCCCAUCACUCUCUUACACUCUCUCCAUCCUCUUUUCACUGCCUUUUCUGCACGGAUCUAGCCUCUGGCCCAACAAGCAGAGGCAUUCAGAGUUUUGGAGCGAGCACACGAGUCUCAGUAUCCUGCCACGGCCAGAGGGAUUCCAGCUACAUGGGCAAACGCUUGGAACAGCAACCAAUGUACCCCCAGUACACCUACUACUACCCUCACUAUCUCCAGACUAAGUCCUAUGCCCCUCCCCCUCCUCCAAUGGCUCCACCCAGUCCCAGCACCAAUAGCAGCAGCCAGAGUGCAGUGGAGCAGCUCAGUAAAACCAACUUGUACAUCCGCGGCCUCCCUCCUGGCACCACCGACCAGGACCUCAUCAAACUCUGCCAACCGUAUGGGAAAAUAGUGUCAACGAAGGCAAUCCUUGAUAAAAACACCAACCAGUGCAAAGGUUAUGGCUUUGUGGAUUUUGACAGUCCUGCUGCUGCGCAGAAAGCCGUGGCCUCGCUGAAGGCUAAUGGAGUGCAGGCCCAGAUGGCCAAGCAACAGGAGCAGGAUCCCACUAACCUGUACAUCUCCAACCUGCCCGUGUCUAUGGAUGAGCAGGAGCUGGAGAACAUGCUCAAGCCCUUCGGCCAUGUCAUCUCCACACGGAUACUGCGGGAUGCCAGUGGAGUCAGCCGAGGAGUUGGCUUUGCCAGGAUGGAGUCCACUGAGAAAUGUGAUGUGGUGAUUCAGCAUUUCAACGGCAAGUUCCUCAAAACCCCUCCAGGAGUGCCAGCCCCCACAGAGCCACUGCUGUGUAAAUUUGCAGAUGGGGGUCAGAAGAAGCGACAGAGCCAGAGCAAGUAUCCCCAGAAUGGCAGACCGUGGCCUCGGGAAGGAGAGAGUGGCAUGGCGUUACCCUACGACCCUGCCGCAAUGCAGAAUGGGUUCUACUCUUCUCCAUACAGUAUCUCCACCAACCGCAUGAUCGCCCAGACAUCAAUCACACCAUUCAUCGCUGCCUCUCCGGUUUCCACAUAUCAGGUGCAGAGUACGUCCUGGAUGCCUCACCAGCAGUAUGUUAUGCAACCUACUGGUGCUGUGAUUACGCCAGCCAUGGACCACACCAUAUCCAUGCAGCCAGCCAACAUGAUGGGUCCCCUCACCCAGCAGAUGAACCAUCUGUCCCUCGGCACCACUGGCACUUACAUGACAGCGGCAGCUGCUGCGGCUCCUAUGCAGGGAACCUACAUUCCCCAGUACACUGCGGUGCCUGCCUCAGCCAUCUCAGUGGAGGGUGUGGUGACAGAGGCUUCUCCGCAGAGCGUUCCUCCCUCUUCCCAGGAUGCCAGCGGGCAGCAGCAGCCCCUCUGUGUGGAUGGCACAGCCGAUCACGCACCCACCUACUCCUACCAGCCUGCUAAAUAACAAGAGGAGGAGGAGGGGGUGUUUGGGUGACUGCGUUGCCUUGAGAUUGGGGGACUGUGCUGAGGACAAAAAGAAAAACUGAGCAGAAGAUGUUUGGGUCCACCUUUGCACAAGCACCAAACAAAAGAGAGAAUUUAUCAGACAUCUGCGCAGAGCAAGAGAAGCCAGUGAAAGCCUACAUCACGGUCAGAGAGGAGAGGGAGAGAGAGAGAGAGAGAGAGAGAGAUGCAGUCGUGGCGUUAGAGUUUAAUGGAUAUCUACAACUUUACAAGACAUUUUUCUUCAUGAAGUGUUGAAUUUCAAGUACAAAGUACAAAGUUUUCCAGUUCUUUUCUGAAUGUGCAGGUAGGUUUUCAGCUAUGGUGAGUUUUCUAUUAGAGGAAGCAUGAGAGAGAGAGAGAGAGAGAGAGAGAGAGAGAGAGAGAGAAAGAAAAAAGAAGUCUUCCUCAGAUUCUAAGCUACUUCUUUUACUUUUGAUUUUUUUUAUGAGUUAUAUUUUAGUUUUCUAGAGAAUAUCAAUGUUUAUCAUCUUUGUUGCCUUAAUUUUGAGAAAUGUCUAAGACUUUUCCCAAACUGAACGUCUUGUUGAAAAAAAAAACAAAAACAAAAACAACAACAAAAAAAAACAAAAAUCAAAGAAAAAAAAAAAAGCUGUCAGAAAGAAGAACAAAUGGAGUGGGGGGGAAGGGGGGCUUAUCAUAUUACCUGUACAGAGGAAUGAGAAAGGUCUUGUGAAGACAUUUUAAAUUAUCAGUGGCGACUUUGUGUUUAAAAGAAAGGACAGUCAAAAUAUAGUGAUGUGUUUAAAGAGAGUUGCUUUUUUUUUAGCAAAAAAAAACAAAAACAAACGAAAAAGAAAAAAAAAAGAAAAGAAAAGAAAAUGUUAAAUCGCUGCAUCCUGGGAAAUGCAGUUUAUUGUGUAGUGGAGAUCAUUUUUAAUGGCAUUAUUGUUUUUAUCUGCAAUAUUUUUAUGAGCUUUAAGGUGUUUUCAGCCUGCUUUGCUUGUUUCAUUGCAAAAAAAAAAAAAAAAAAAAAUCAAAAA